AUGGAUCAGUGUGAGGACAGAGAGGAGGGAGUCCCUCCCUCUAAAACCACUCUGUCUCAGCACUCACAUGACUGCUCCAUCAUUAUUCACAGGAACCAACCUGGAGCUGAACCCAGCUGUGUGUCCUUAAAGAGCAACUGGUCAAAGGAAGCUGGUAUCAAGUUUGAAAAAGCGCAAAGUCCCGCUUCGAAGGGGCUGGACCAGGAGAGCUCAGAUGUUCCUAGUCAUCAGUCUGCCCAAGACCAUGAAAGACAUCUUGACUCCAUAUUUAUGCUGCUUGAGGACAACAUCAUUACUUUUGUGAGGAACGAGCUGAAGAAGUUCCACAAGGUUCUGAGUCCCAAUUAUACAGAAUACUUAAAUGGUCAAAGGGAGGAUGAGGAAGUGCUGGAAGAUAAGGAUGGAGAGCAGAUGAGGAGCAGCAGAGAGGCAUUUGUAAAGAUAACACUGUACUUCCUGAAGAGAAUGAAACAGGAGGAGCUGGUUGAUCGUCUCAAGAGCAGAACUCCCACUGGAUUUUGUCAACAUCUAAAGUCUACUCUGAAGAAUAAGUUCAGGCAUGUGUUUGAGGGGAUCGCUAAAGCAGGAAACCCAACCCUGCUGAAUGAGAUCUACACAGAGCUCUACAUCACAGAGGGAGGGACUGAAAAGGUCAAUGAUGAACAUGAGGUCAGACAUAUUGAAAUUGCAUCUACAAAACAGCACCAACCAGAAAGAACAAUCAGACAAGAAGAUAUCUUUAAAGACUCACCUGGAAGAGAUGAACCAAUCAGAACAGUCCUGACAAAGGGAGUGGCUGGCAUUGGGAAAACAAUCUUAACACAGAAGUUUAUUCUAGACUGGGCUGAAGACAAAGCCAACCAGGACAUCCAGUUCAUAUUUCCAUUUACAUUCAGAGAGCUGAAUGUGCUAAAAGAGAAAGUGUUCAGCUUGGUGGAACUUGUUCAUCACUUUUUUACUAAAACCAAAGAAGGAAUCUGCAACUUUGAGGACUUCCAGGUUUUGUUCGUCUUUGAUGGUCUAGAUGAGUGUCGAUUUCCACUUAACUUCAAUAUCACAAAGACCCUGACUGAUGUUACAGAGCCGACUUCAGUGGAUGUACUGCUGAUAAACCUCAUCAAGGGGAACCUGCUUCCCUCUGCUCAUCUCUGGAUAACCACACGGCCCGCAGCAGCCAAUCAGAUCCCUCCUGAGUGUGUUACCAUGGUAACUGAGAUCAGAGGGUUCACUGACCAACAGAAAGAAAAGUACUUCAGAAAAAGAUUCAGAGAAGAGGAGCAGGCCAACAGGAUCAUCUCCCAUAUCAAGACAUCAAGAAGCCUCCACAUCAUGUGCCACAUUCCAGUCUUCUGCUGGAUCACUGCUACAGUCCUGGAGGAUGUGCUGAAAACUAGAAAAAGGACAAAACUUCUUAAGACUCUGACUGAGAUGUAUGUGCACUUGCUGGUAAUUCAGGCCAAAGUGAAAAAGGUCAAGUAUGAUGGAGGAGCUGAGACAGAUCAACACUGGAGUCCAGAGAGCAGUAAGAUGAUUGAGUCUCUGGGAAAACUGGCUUUUGAGCAGCUGCAGAAAGGAAACCUGAUCUUCUAUGAAUCAGACCUGACAGAGUGUGGCAUCGAUAUCAGAGCAGCCUCAGUGUACUCAGGAGUGUUCACACAGAUCUUUAAAGAGGAGAGAGGACUGUACCAGGACAAGGUGUUCUGCUUCAUCCAUCUGAGUGUUCAGGAGUUUCUGGCUGCUCUUCAUGUUCACCUGACUUUCAUUAACUCUGCAGUCAAUCUGCUGGAAGAACAGCAAACAACCUCUAUAUGGUAUGCAUUAUUUAAAAAAUCAAAAUUACAAUCGUUGCACCAGAGUGCUGUGAACAAGGCGUUACAGAGUUCAAAUGGACACCUGGACUUGUUCCUCCGCUUCCUGCUGGGUCUUUCACUGGAGGCCAAUCAAACUCUCCUACGAGGUCUGCUAACAAAGAUGGAAAAUAGCUCAGGGACCAACCAGGGAACAGUCCAGUACAUCAAGAAGAAGCUCAGUGAAAACCUGUCUGCAGAGAAAAGCAUCAAUUUAUUCCAUUGCCUGAAUGAACUGAAUGAUCGUUCUUUAUUGGAGGAGAUCCAGCAGUCCUUGAGUUCAGGACGUCUCUCCACAGAUAAACUUUCUCCUGUUCAGUGGUCAGCUCUGGCCUUCAUCUUACUGUCAUCCGAAGAAGAUCUGGAUGUGUUUGAUCUGAAGAAAUACUCUGCUUCAGAGCAGGCUCUUCUGAGGCUUCUGCCAAUCAUUAAAGCAUCAAGAAAAGUAUUAGUGAAUGUCUGUAACCUUUCAGAGAGAAGCUGUGAAGGUCUGUCCUCAGUUCUCAGCUCUCAGUCUUCAAAUCUCAGAAUACUCGACUUGAGUAACAAUGACCUUCAGAAUUCAGGAGUGAAUCUGCUCUCUUCUGGACUAGAGAGCCAGCACUGUAAAGUGGAAACUCUCCGCCUGUCAGGCUGUCUGAUCACAGAUGAAGGCUGCAAUUCUCUGGCCUCAGCUCUAACCUCCAACCCCUCACAUCUGAGAGAGCUGGACCUGAGUUACAAUCAUCCAGGAGACUCAGGAAUGAAAGCCCUGUAUUCUGGACUGGAAGAUCCACAUUGGAGUCUGGACACUCUUAGGGUGGAGCCUGCUGGAGAACAAUGGUUGACACCAGGUCUGAGGAAGUAUUCCUGUCAACUCACAAUCGACACAAACACAGUAAAUAGAAACCUCAAACUGUCUGACAACAACAGGAAGGUGACAUAUGUGGACAAGGAUCAACGAUAUCCAAAGCAUUCAGAUAGAUUUGAUAAAUGGUGCCCCCAGGUGCUGUGUAGAGAAGGUCUGACUGGUCGCUGUUACUGGGAGGUUGAGAAAAGUGGCCAGGUUCACAUUUCAGUGAGCUACAGAAGAAUCCCAAGAAAGGGACACAGAGAUAUUAGAAAUGAAAUUGAAUUCGGAUUUAAUGAUCAGUCCUGGUGUCUCAGCAUAUCUGAUAAAGGUUGCUCUGCUUGGCACAACAAUAGAGAAACGUUCAUCUGCUCUUCCUAUUUUUGGUCUGGCAGAGUAGCAGUGUAUCUGGACUGGCCCACUGGCACUCUGUCCUUCUACAGAGUCUCCUCUGACACUCUGAUCCACCUCCACACCUUCAACACACUAUUCACUGAACCUCUUUAUCCUGGAUUUGGAUUUGUGUUCAGGACUUCAUCAGGGUUUUCGAUCACUCUUGGUUCUUCAGCAUCUCUGUGUUCAGUUUAGUAUAGAUAGUCCCCAAAGCUCAGUUCAGCACUCACUACCUUAGACUUUCACAAGUGGAAGUAUUUAGUUCUCAGUUUAUUUAGGUGGCUGUGGAUAUGGAGGUACAAGGCCUCAUGGUUGCUGAACUAGGUGUCAUAGAUAAAGUACUGUAUGAAUAUGUGUCAGUGAAUGAAUUAUAAUGUAAUAACUGAGAGGAUAGUAAAGUAGGAUACACCCUACAGAUG